UAUACCCUCAGCCAUUACGUCGCAGCCGGAGCUGUCACCGGAGGCCUUUUCAGGCUGAACCUGGGCCUUCGAGGGCUGGUGGCGGGGACCGUCAUCGGAGCAGCGAUGGGCAACUAGCCUCGGCCCCUGGUGUAAACAAGAUGUGACAGAGCAACAGCUGCGGCCUAGGAUACGGCAGCGACCUCUGACGUGCAGACGGACGGCCAAUAGAGACGGACCGAGGAGACGCGACCGUCCAGAGCGCAGCUCCUUCAGUGGCGAGAGGUGAACUUUCAGGAGGCCAUUAAAGUGAUCCAGCGUCUGCUCCUGGGCAAAAUCAUCCUGUACUUUGAGAAUUAUGACCCGGACGACCAUAGAAGUCUUUGCAUGGUGUACAGUGACGCCACAGCAAUGUCGCUCUGCACCUUCGGACUGACCAUCCUCCAACAUCACUAUGACUACCACGUCGAAAGAACGGUCAUGAAGAGACGAGUGGCCAUGUGUCACAUGAUCUACAAGAAGGGUCACGUCAGGGCCCAGGGCACCUACAACGAGCUGUGCUCGUCGGGUCUGGACACGGCGUUCCUGCUGCGGACGGACGAGGAGCGGGAGCGACGGUUUCUGUCACUGGGUCCAACGGUUACGGAGCAGGAAGUCAUCACCGGGACGGCGGAGACCCCCAAAGUCAACCCUGCGCAGCAGCGGCGAGGCCCGAGCCACGGCAAGGCGCGGCACGUCUCGCUCCCUCUACCUGGCCUGCGCGUUGGAAGGUGUCGGCCAAGGGGGGCAAAGCAGAAGAGGAGGUGCGAGAGAGACGAGGAGAAGGACGACACAGAGCGGCUGACAGGGAGCAGAGGAGAGCGAGUGCGGCCGACAGGGAGAAGAGGAGAGCGAGUGCGGCCGACAGGGAGAAGAGGCGACCGACAGGGAGAGGAGGAGAGCGAGUGCGGCCGACCGGGAGAAGAGGAGAGCGAGUGCGGCGGACAGGGAGAAGAGGAGAGGGAGAAGUGGAGAGCGAGUGCGGCCGACCGGGAGAAGAGGAGAGGGAGAAGUGGAGAGCGAGUGCGGCCGACCAGGAGAAGAGGAGAGCGAGUGCGGCCGACAGGGAGAAGAGGUGACGAUGUGGAGGAGCAGAGGAGGACGGCGGCGUGCAUGGCCAACAGUUUGCUGGGGGCGAACCAUCUGCGUUGGAUGAGAAGGCGAGCUGGAGUAGGUUGCCUACGAGGUCGUGAACUGGUUCUGUGUAUGCCAAGAGGCUGUGGGUGGAAAUGCAUGUGCCUAAGAAAGUGUCGUGUGUAUCGGUCUAUGUGUCUAUGUUUUGGCAUGUCUAUGUAGAGACAUAUGUGGAGAUGUGUGUACCAAUGGAUGUAUGUCCCAAUAAAGACCUGAUCUUAUAUGUGUUUGCGUGUGAA